GCGAUAUAUUUGCAAAGCGCAAUGCAGACCAUGAGGAGAAAAUUGACAGACGCCGGAGUCGCCAAUGCUAAGGGCUUCAUCUAUCCAGUAGUAACCAGUAAACAUAUCCUUCAUCAAAAGGAUGAUGGCGGAGUAUGCUCGUGUCCCGGAUGUCACCUUGCUGGCGAACGACCUCAGCUGAGUUAGGAACGGGCCGAGGCAGACUGCGCGAUGCUACACCGGCCGCGGUUUUCGUGCGUUCGCGGAGAAGGCAUGCCUGGUAACGUUGGCAAAC